GGAAGCCGGGAGGAGAGGAAUGAGUGCUGGGUCCCCUCUCACUGUUCGGAGCUUCUGGCCAUUUCUUCUGGGACCUCAGCCCCAGGGUUGGACACACGGGCAGGCUGGUGAGGCUGACAGGCCGUCAUGGCGACCAGUGGAGACCCAGAGGAGGAGCAGGUGGUUCCGGGUGAGGAAGAGGAAGCUGAUGUGAGGGCAGUGCAGGCCCGCUACCUCCGGAGCCCUUCACCCAGCCAGUACUCCAUGGUGUCUGACGCAGAAACCGAGAGCAUCUUCAUGGAGCCCAUUCACCUCUCCUCCGCUGUUGCAGCCAAACGGAUCAUCAGUGAAGAACUCAAGCCUCAGGGGCUCCCAGCAGACAUGGAAUGUCCAGGCAUGUUGGAGUCCGCCGAGCAGCUGCUGAUGGAGGACCUGUACAACCGUGUGAAGGAGAAGAUGAACGACACCAGUCUGUACAAUACCCCUUGUGUUCUGGAUCUGCAGCGGGCCCUGGUCCAGGAUCGCCAAGAGGCCCCCCGGAACGAGGUGGAUGAAGUCUGGCCCAACGUCUUCAUAGCUGAGAAGAGUGUGGCUGUGAACAAGGGCAGGAUGAAGAGGCUUGGUAUCACCCACAUCCUGAAUGCUGCACAUGGCACUGGUGUCUACACGGGCCCAGAAUUCUACACCGGCCUGGAGAUCCAGUACCUGGGCAUGGAGGUGGAUGACUUUCCAGAGGUGGACAUCUCUCAACAUUUCCGGAAGGCUGCUGAGUUCCUAGAUGAAGCACUGCUAACUUACAGAGGGAAGGUCCUGGUCAGUAGUGAGAUGGGCAUCAGUCGGUCAGCAGUGCUGGUGGCCGCCUACCUGAUGAUCUUCCACAACAUGGCCAUCCUGGAGGCCCUGAUGACUGUGCGCAAGAAGCGGGCCAUCUACCCCAACGACGGCUUCCUGAAGCAGCUGCGGGAGCUAAAUGAGAAGCUGAUGGAGGAGAGGGAAGAAGACUAUGGCAGGGAGGAGGGAGCGGGUGGCUCUGAGGAGGGCGAGGACCUGGGGAGCACAUUUGGGGCCAGAGUGCAGGACCUGACGGUGGAGGAGGAGGACGACACCACCAGCCACUCCAGCCACCUGAGCGGCUCCUCCGUGGCGAAGGCCAGCCAGGCCUCCCGGCCGCUCACCCUCAUUGAUGAAGAGGAGGAGGAGGAGCUGUAUGCAGCUUGGAAGAGGCAGCAGGGCCUGCCCAUAGGUGGGGACCCUCGGAGUGGAGAGGGCAGGGGCUCUGCGGCCUCUGGCCAGAAGGGGGUCGAGCAUGAGGAUGCAGAUGAGGAUGUGAAAAGGAUCAUCCGAGAGUGGCAGAGCCGAAAUGAGAGGUACCAAGCAGAAGGGCACCAGCAGUGGGGUCGGGAGGAGCAGCAGGAAGAGGAAAGUGACACGGGCCCCCUCGUGGGGCAAAGACGCAGGCGCACCCUGAGCGAGAGUAGCACCUUGGAGAGCGUGAGCAGCCGGGACAUCCGGGUGCUGAAGCAGCAGCUAGAGAUGAGCAGCCAGAGCAGAGGUGGGAGGCGCCCCUCGGACUCGGGGUCCUCGGAGAGCACUUGGGAUGUGUGGAACGAGAGGCUGCUGGAGAUUGAGAAGGAGGCCGCCCGCAGGUACCACUGCAGGAGCAGGCGGGCGAAGGGGGACGCAGGCUCGGAGGCCGGGAGCUUGCUGCGACAGGACGGUGAGGACAGCGUGGCCUCAGAGGCCAGCUCCUUCCGUAACUUAUGCAGCAGGAACGAGGAGAAGCUCACCGCCCUGGAAAGGUGGAAGAUCAAGAGGAUCCAGUUUGGAUUUCAUAAGAAAGACUCCGAGGCAGGGGAAGGCAGCAGCAAGCACGGUGCCGAGGAGGAGGAGGGGGAAAAGAAGAACCUCUCAGAGGUCAGCCUGACGGCCUACCAGGCCUGGAAGCUGAAGCACCAGAAGAAGGUGGGCAGUGAGAACAGGGAGGAGGUGGUGGAGAUGAGCAAGGCGGAGGACGCGGCCUCGGCCAAGAAGAGGCAGCGCAGGCUGGAGCUUCUAGAGCGGAGCAGGCAGACCCUGGAGGAGAGCCAGUCCGUGGGGAGCUGGGAGGCCGGCAGCUCGGUGGCCAGGGGGAGCAUCCCCCUGUCUGCGCUGUGGUCUGCAGCCUCCUCGGUCAGUGCGGAUGGGGACAACGCAUCAGUGCUCAGCACCCAGAGCCACCACUCCCACCUGUCCCAGGCUGCAAGCCACACAGGGCCACACUCAGCAUCCACGCCCACGCCUUCCCUGUCUAACCUGCCCGUGGGGCCCGGGGACACCAUUUCCAUCGCCAGCAUCCAGAACUGGAUUGCCAGUGUAGUCACUGAGACCCUGGCCCAGAAGCAGAACGAAAUGCUGCUGUUGUCCCGCCCACCAUCUGUGGCAAGUUCCAGGGCAGUGCCAGUGGCCAGCUGCCUGGGGGAUGAACAGGUGUCCAUGCUCAGUGGACAGAACAGCUCCUCCCUGGGGGGCUGCCUGCUGCCUCCGAGCCAGGCCAGAGCCAACUGUGAUGCGCAGUCUGUGCUGUCCUCCAGCUCCAUGCCGAGCUCGAGGGCCCAAGGCUCUGGGAGCAGCGUCAGGGGGACCAGCAAGCCCAUCUUCAGUCUCUUUGCUGAUGAUGUGGACCUAAAGGAGCUCGGCCGGAAGGAGAAGGAGAUGCGAAUGGAGCUGAGGGAGAAGAUGUCAGAGUACAGAGUGGAGAAGCUGGCUUCGGACAAUAAGCGCAGCUCUCUUUUCAAGAAGAAGAAGGUCAAGGAAGGUGAGGAUGAUAGCGUGGGCAACAGGGAUGACACAGACAGUGCCAUAGGGAGCUUCCAGUAUUCCUCCCGCAGUAAUUCCCAAAAACCUGAAACAGACACCUCCUCGUCCCUGGCUGUCUCUGAUCACUAUGGAAAUGGCAGCAGAGCUGGCAAAGACAGGGAUAGCAGCAUUAGUAAGUGGCUCAGUGGCCUAGGGACAGAGGAAAGAUCUCCUCCCCAAAGUGACUGGUCUGGAAGCUCUUGGGGGAAGUACACCAGAUCGUCCUUGCUCCGGGAAACUGAGUCUAAGUCCUCCAGUUACAAGUUCUCUAAAUCCCAGUCACAGGAACAGGACACCUCCUCCUCCUACGAGGGAGAUGGCAACUCAGUAAGAAGUACCUCGAGGUUCUCUUCUUCUUCCACCAGGGAGAGCAGAGAGACGCACAAGUUCUCCAGGUCCAUGUUCAGUGAGACCUCAAGCUCCCAAGAGGGGAGUCCAGAACCCUACUUCUUCUGCCGGACCCCCGAUCCCUCCCAAGGGGAAGAGUUCCCGGAGCCCCAGCGUCCGAGUUGGGCCAGGCCGGGAGACUGGGAAGAUGUGGAAGAGUCGUCCAAGUCAGACUUCUCUGAAUUUGGAGCCAAGAGGAAAUUCACUCAGAGCUUCGUGAGGUCUGAAGAGGAGGGAGAGAAAGAGAGGACAGAAAACAGAGAAGAAGGAAGGUUUGCAUCUGGGCGGCGGUCCCAGUAUCGGCGGAGCACCGACAGGGAGGAAGAGGAAGAAAUGGAUGAUGAAGCCAUCAUUGCUGCCUGGAGACGCCGGCAAGAAGAAAUGAGGACUAAGCUGCAGAGGAGGAGGGAGGACUGAGCUGGCCAGGCCAGCUGGGAGACACUGAGCACAGGAGGAGGCUGUACAGCUUAGCACUGGGCUCAGAGCACUACUACCCUUCAAGGGAUGACAAUGCAGAGAGGACUUUCCACAGGGGCAGACCUGAAAGUGCCCAAAAGAAGGGGACCGGAGUGCAGUCAGGAAGAGGAAGAGAGAAGAAGAGCCAUCAUUGUGAGUCCAAACCCUGGACCACCUGACACUGUUUUUGUUGCCCAAAUUUCUCCAGGUUUUGGUGUUUCUCUUAUGUAUUUGGUAGUGUCCAUCCUGGGCUGGAGAGGAGAGCUUGACAAGAAAGACUCUGUCAUGUGCUGGAGACUUUAGCUUACAUACAGGAAGGCCAUGAAUGCAGGAUAUGGUUCUCUUAGCAGAGGUUUUAUAACAAGACCUAGAAAACAGCCUGUAGUAAAUCUGACCUCUCCUGGCAAUGUUUAGCUCUGGUUGUUUCUUUUUAAUGUUUUGCC